CGGGCCGGUUGUGGCUGCUGGGGAGUCUGACUUGGUGUUCGUGGCUGCUGGACACUGGUCGAAGGGACCCAGGAGAAGACGACGCGAUGGUGCUGCUGGAGAGUGAGCAGUUCUUGACAGAGCUAACAAGGCUUUUUCAGAAAUGCAGGACUACAGGCAGUGUUUAUAUAACGUUAAAGAAAUAUGAUGGUAGGACAAGACCCAUCCCACGAAAGGGCCAUGUGGAGGGUUUUGAGCCUGUAGAUAAUAAAUGUCUUCUCAGAGCAACAGAUGGGAAGAAAAAGAUAAGUACAGUGGUGAGCUCAAAGGAAGUAAACAAAUUCCAAAUGGCCUAUUCCAAUUUGCUCAGAGCUAACAUGGAUGGCUUAAAGAAGAAAGACAAGAAAAGCAAAAAUAAGAAAAGCAAAGCAAUGCAAUGAUGGAGCAAGUAUUUCUCCAGUGGACCCAAAUCCUCGUAAUUAAUGUUUACUCUUCAUAUCACCACCCCACCUGCUAACUGGAAUCUAAGCAUUGUACUAAAAACCUGAAAGCAGAGAGUCUGGGUUGUGGUAGGCAAAAAAUACCCCCCCCCACACACAUAUAUAUGCACCAGAGCCAUUUAUUAACUACUGAUUAGUUUUGUAUUUGUACUGUUUUCUGGCAGAGGGGCUGUGGUUGGGUAACUAUUCUUUUGAGAAAUGGUUCAAAAAUAAAUACUUGUAAAUACUCUUA